AUGUCGAAAGCGAUGGGUAUGAUGAGCGGCGUUUAUUUCGUUGGCCGCGCAGAACUUCUUGAGUGGGUUAACGAUCUCCUCAAGAUCAACUACACUAAAGUCGAAGAUAUGUCAAAUGGAGCCGCCUUUUGCCAGAUUAUCGAUGCUAUUCACCCAGGAACAGUCCAUCUUAAGAAUGUCAAGUUUGAUGCUGUUCAAGCACCAGAUAUCAUCAACAAUUACAAGGUUCUCCAGGAGGCUUUCGAUAAGAAUGGUAUCAAGCAGUACAUCGAUGUAAAUACACUCGUCAAGGGCAAGUACAUGGCUUCCCUUGAGCUCUUCCAGUGGAUCCACGGCUACUAUUCUCAGCAACAACCACCAACAGACUACGAUCCAGUCGAGAGACGUCGUAAGCUGAAGCUGAAAGAGCCAACAAGCUCCGUAACAGAAGGCAAGCCAGCUGGUAUGGCUAAGCGUAAGGAUAAGAAUACAGCAGCUGCCGCUCCAAAGCCAGGUGAAUUAAGACCAGGCGUAAUCCCAGGCCGUGGAGCUUCUGCAGCUGAGAAGCAUACAGUUGCACCAGUAAGAAAGGAGAAACCAGCUCCAGCCGCAGAGAAAGAGCCAGUUGCAAGAAAAGAAGCUAAGACAGCACUUCCAGGACCAGGAGCUGCUGCUAGCGCUGCUGCUAGCAAGGAACUUGCUGCUGCUAAGAAGAAGAUCGAAGAACUCAACGAAGAAGUUACACAGGCUAAUGAAGAGAGAGAUUUCUACUACGAUAAGCUCAGAAAGAUUGAAACUUUCUGCCAGGACAAUGAGGAUGACGAAAUGGUCAAGAAGAUCCUCGCAAUCCUCUACGAAGCAGAUGAAGAAAAAGGAUUUGUUGCCCCUAACGACGAUGAUGAGGAAGAAGAUGAAUAA